CCAGGGUACACGCAGAGGAGACGUACGGCGCUGCUUCACAUUCAGGGCCAUCGAGCAGGCAGACAGAGUUUUAUAAAUAUCCAUUAGCAGAGCAGAUGGAGGACGAAGCUUGACAUCACCGUGCAUGAGGGGCUUGGAAAAACUUCUGAUUUGCAUAUACUGAAAAAAGUAGCAGAUAUAUAAUGGAUGAACAGAGCCAUGGAUCUAGCGGUGGUGAGGAUAAUUUUCAUCAGUACCAACAGUUGAUGCGGCAAAUAAUACAAAAUGUCUAAUGAGAGGAAGAGACGGAUCGGCAUCGUGGGCUACGGCCAUGUUGGUGUUUAUCUGGUGAAUCAGAUACAAAGAGAAGGAGACAAGAACAAUGUGGAGAUUGCGUUUGUUUGGAACAGGACAAUGGAGAAGAUGGAGAAGACAAUAGAGUCCCAUCUACAACUCCGAAACCUGGAUGACUUUGAGAAACGAGAAGCGGAUCUGAUUGUUGAGGUUGCACAUCCUUCCAUAACCAGAAAAUACGGAGAACGCUUCUUAUCUGCAGCAAACCUAUUGACUCUAGUGACCAUAACCUGUAUUAUUACUCUACUGGCUAUAACCUGCCACACACAGAGCCCAGGCUUUGCCCAUCCCAAGAAAACCUCCAUAGCCAAUCAGAACAGUCCUUCACAAUCUGCAAACUAUGUUGUUGCUCUCAGCACCUUCCUAUUCCAUGGAGAACAACACCUUGGGCAGGAUGAUCCCAGAGACUGAUCUCUAUCACAGUCCACAUUCCAUAGUCCACCUAAGUGUACAGUAUAUAGUAUUAUACCGAUGUGGUCUACGGAUGCUUCCAAUAGAUAUGGCCACUGUGACCAAGGUAACGUGUGACUCCCAGGUUGGAUCCCCCACGGCAUUAGCCAAUGAAGACACUGAGAGGAGACUUAGAGAAAAAGCCAAGCUGUCUGGUUACACACUGUAUAUUCCUAGCGGGGCAUUGUGGGGUGGAGAAGACAUCA